AUGGACGCCGUCGACGAGGAUGCGCAGUUCUUUGUGCUAGAGAACCGUCUGGCCUCUUUCCAAGGCCCACAACUUGUCGCUAAACGGAGAACAUCAACUGCCGCCAGCGCUCGCGCCCCCAAAACGUUGACAUGGCCUCACAGGUCUCCAACUGCCAUAGACCUUGCCCGAGCCGGCUUCUUCUUCAAUCCCCAACCGAGCAAUCCCGAUAAUGUCAAGUGUUUUCUCUGCCACAAGGACCUGGACGGCUGGGAGGAAGACGACGAUCCGCUGCAGGAACACCUGAAGCACUCCGGAAAUUGUGGCUGGGCUAUCUGCGCCGCCAUUGAGCUGGAGCUUGGCGAUGUCGUCAACGAGGAUCCGCGUCUCUCAUACCUCGUCGAAGCCCGCAAGUCGACCUUUGCUGGGCGGUGGCCCUACGAGAGCAAGAAGGGGUGGAAGUGCAAAACCAAACAGCUCGCCGAGGCUGGUUGGCAGUACACUCCCACGCUCGAAUCAGACGAUAAUACGACCUGCGCCUACUGCCAGUUGGCGCUGGACGGAUGGGAAGCCGGGGACAAGCCAUUGGAGGAACAUCAGAAACGAUCGCCCAACUGUGCUUUUUUUCAGCUGAUCAGCAAGUACCCCGCGCCGAAGAAGGCGACAGCACGAAGCAAGGCGACGAGAACAUCAAAAGUGUCCCGACUAUCGGUCCAGUCUGUUGCGACAGCGGCGUCCGAUGCGCCGUCCACGGUCGACCUAGAUGACAGCAUCCUGACGGCCACAUCAGUCUUAACUCAGGGUGGGCGUAAGGCGCCGCGGGCCCGCAAAGCUGCAGCGACGUCGGCAGCAGGAAAAGCACGAAAGACACGGGUGAAAAAAGACGAGCCAGUGGAGAUACUGUCGGAUGCAGAUGCCGAUCCGAUCCAGGAGAUAGAGCCACCGGCACCAAAGGCUGUCCGGGGCAAGAAGCGGGACAGUACCGACGUGGAGACAACUAACACAUCACAAGUCGAAGCCCCGGCAGCGAAGAAGCGCGCAACGCGCAAACGCGUCAGCAGUACUGUGGACGGCGAUUUGGAUCAGUCACAAGGCAGUAGUAACUAUGCCAUGUUCGAUCCGGCAGUGCCAGUGCCAGACGAGGCUGUCAUCGAGACGGAGUUGCGGACACUUGAGAAGGAGAUGGAGGUCGAGCCGGCCCUAAAAGAGAUGCAGGCUCCUAAGAAGGGCCGGAAAGCGGUAACACGCAAAGUGUCGAAGCAGACGCGGAAAGGCAAGGAGGCCACCGAGACGGCCCGGUUGAGACCUGAGGUGGCCGAACAGGUUGAGGAGGCGCAGCCAGCGUCAGUCUUUGCGCCAGCAGUGGAACAGGAACCGCGACGAGAGCUCAAAAGUCAGCCAGAGUCGAAGAGCAAAGCUAAGAGCAAGGCCAGGGCCAGGAAGGUGAUGCAGCAACCAGCAGCCAUCGAUGCGGACGAAGUCGAUGAGCUGCACGAAGACAGCGUGACCAGCAUCACAAUCACAAACACGACAGUGCACGAGACGACUGAAGCAUCCGUGUCUGCACCUGCAGCCGCAGCUGUACUACCGAAGCGAGGACGCGGACGGCCAUCCAAGAAGUCGUUGGAGUUGCGCGCCAGCAUUGAAAGUAAUGCUGCUUCUGCUGCUUCUGCAUCUGCGCCCACUCCUGUUCCUCCACCAGAACCGGCUGCCAUCCACGUCAGCAUCACUCCUAUGCCGGCGGCCCAACGGUCUUCCUUGGGCCCAGUCGCAGUACCAACACCAGCAGGCGAGGUUGCUGUGGCCGCGACAAAAAAGCGGCAGGUCACAAGGAUUCUUCCGCCGCCUGCGCCUCCCCCAGCACCACAUCGUGCCCCUGCUGCGCCAGCAACGCCGCGGGCGAUCCAUAUAUCACCGGUAGCCUCAGCUAUGCAGGCAGUCCUGUCGCCAUCCCAGUCACCACAAUCGUCAGAUGCAGAGAAUCAGCCGCCGUCAUCGAAGCCAACCGGUAGCGUCUCCAAGACGCGCAUAGCGUUGGCACCUGUGCAGGCCACGGCAACGACACCUGUGCGCGCCGGAUCUCCGUCCAAGCGCAACCACACAAUGGGCGGAUUGAAGAGCACAGCACCCUGGACAGCAGUCGAUGUCGAGGCCUUGUUCGACGUGGACAAGGAGAACAGUGAUAUUGUAGAGGGCCUGCUUCGUCACGGGGCGGAUCUGAACUCGCCGGAAAAGGCGAUGACGGUGGAGGAGUUCAUCCUCUACAACGCCGAGCAGGCAGAACGGCAGUUGAAGCAAGAGUGCGAAGCAAUGGUGAGCAAGUUUGAGCAGCAGGGAUCGCGGGCCAUGCAGACGCUGGAGGCGCUGGUGACGGAAGAAUAG